CCCGUGACAUGAGGCCGCGUAAUGAAGGAGAGGCCAGUCAAGAGGAAUGCCAACACGGAACUAGAUCCUGAAGCCCUUCAGAGGCUAAGCGUCGGCACCUGCAACCAAGUCUAGCCACCUCUCGACUGACACGGACCGCAGUUUCUGUAGCAGACCGUACCGCUGUAUGGGCUUGCUCUUACCAAGAUCAACUCCUUUCACUGACCCCACCUUCGCCCGGAGCCGUAGGUUGCAGUUCAAUACAUUAUUACAACCGCUGGUUAUUUUAAUAAAAACCUUGAGAGGUUUGGAUUACAUGCAAUUUUAUAUGUGCAGUGAGAACUGGAUCUACUUUCACUUACUUCAGAACUAUUUCCAGUUCGUUCCAGUCUGAUGUGUGCUGUGUGACCGGAAUAUAUUCUAUAGGCCUGUGCACGCCAAUGAUUCCAGAAGCUGUAUACCUCUACAAGAGACAGAGUAGCGUGGUGGGGAUGAAUACAAUGGCUGCUGCUGAUGGCAAGCAUUUUGAAAGUUAACUCAUCACUUCCCACCCACCACUUCGCCUUGUCCCGUCAAUUCUUCGUCGCUUGGCAGCAACGAAACGCGUCGCGUCAGGAUCGCUGGAGAGAAGCACCAAAGGACCAGGGACCAGCCCUUCUGCCGGCAGCAUCACAGCUCCGUUUCGACAGCCUCCACAACAAGAUCCAGGGCCUCAAGUCCGAAAUUGUCAGUCUGAUUGGUCAAGACAUGGCACUUUUUCAGCAGCUAUUUGCUCUGCAGGAAGCAAUACUUGAACUUAAAGAUGAGCUUGAAUAUUGCCCAAGUUCUAGUGAAUCAUCACCUUAUGACUCGCCAUGUUCAACUCUGUCUAGCCUCAGCUCAAGUGAAAGUGGAAGCAAGUGCACCAAGCAUUCUGCCAGUUUUGUACGUCAACAAAUCUCAUACCCACCAAUAAAGUUCAAUCGUUCACGGCGAAUAAAAGCUAGAAGUCCUCAACAUGGCUGUCAGGAUUCGUAUGACUCAGGAAUUCACACAUCAGACCAUGAGAUAUUUGUGUAGUAUGUGAGACUGAAUCCAUUAGAUCAUGAGAAUUGCUCACGUAUUUAAUCUGUUCUUCAAUGAUUACUCUACAUUAUUCACUGUGAAUACCUGCAGUAAUUCCAGGAUUAUAAUACAACUGUUCUACAAAUGAACACUUUCAGAACACAGAGCAAUAUGUAAAAGAUGUUCCUAACUGUACAGUUAAAACAUUAUUUUAUGGCUAAUGUGCAAAUAUAUCUGUGAAUAUGUGCCUUCAUAUUGCUGUUACAUAUAUAUGAAAUCUAUAUGGUGUAACUAUAGUGAUGUUGAAGAAAGCAGUCUUCUGGGA